AAAAGAGGAGAAAAUAAAAAAUAAAAAAUAAAAACCACACCACUUCAAUUGUAAGCGCCAGGCAUACAAAGCCUAACUAAUAAACAAAACUUCUAUUUUUCAUCUAAAACGAAGGCAUAAAAAAAAUACAACAAUUGUUUAAUUAUAAUAAUUAAUAUACUGUUUAAAGUUACAGUUAUAUUGUUGUUGUAUUAUUGUAAAUAUAGACAAGUUAUUAAACAUCCCUAUAAAACAUCUGAGUCAACAACAGAAAAUAAAAAUAAAAAAGUAGGAUCGUGUAAGCUCUGUGUGUGACAUUUUGUCCUGACAUUGUAAAAUUAGAUAAAUUUCUGUUUUUUAAAACUAUUAUUUAAUUGAAAAUAACAAUGGGUAGUACAGAUAAAGCAGUGAUAACAGGAUUUAUAUGUAGACUUUGUAGUAAAAUGAAUCGUUUUGUUAUUCAUAUUUAUGGUGAAGAGGGUGAACGAAUGAAGUUGGCUGAAAAAAUAAAUGCAUAUUUACCAAUCACAGUCAAAAUGAAUGAUCCAUUACCAAAAACAGCAUGUCUUCAUUGUAUAGAAAGAUUGGAAGCACAUCAUGAAUUAAUGGAAAAAAUAUCAUUUGCUAGACAACAAUUUGGUAUGGAAACAGAAAUGAAAGAUGUUGAACCAACAAAUGUUACUGUUGAUACAACAAAUACAUCAUCAACAUCACCACCAUGUUGACGACACAUACAUUUUUUAUCAUAAAAAUAUAAAAUGUUGCUCAAUAAAUUUUUGUUGAUCAACAAAAAAAAAUU